GGUGCAGUCUGGGGGAACAUGGCCGCUUCCGGUCUCCCUCCCGGGCCGGCGUUGGCCUGACCGAGGUCCUGGCCGGCGCACUCCUCCCUCUGCUCCUCCCGCCCGGUUGCGGUGGAGGUCGCUUCAGCCUUUCCGUCCCUCUGCCCGCGCCGCGCCAUGGAGAAGAGCUCAAGCUGCGAGAGUCUUGACACCCACCCAGCGGCAGCACGGCCGCCCAGCGUGGAUUCCCUGUCCAGUUAAUGUGUUAAGAGCCAUUGACAUUUGAAGAUCAUCAGAAGUGAAGAUAAAACAUCUCAAAAAUUAUAAUCGCUUCUACUUCUCAUUCAGAGAAUUCAGUGCAUUCAAAAUCAGCUUCUGUCGUGUCAUCGGAUUCCAUUUCGACUUCUGCAGACAACUUUUCUCCUGAUUUGAGGGUCCUGAGAGAGUCUAACAAAUUAGCAGAAAUGGAAGAACCGCCCUUGCUUCCAGGAGAAAAUAUUAAAGACAUGGCCAAAGAUGUAACUUACAUAUGUCCAUUCACUGGUGCUGUCCGAGGAACCCUGACUGUGACAAAUUACAGGUUAUAUUUCAAAAGCAUGGAACGGGAUCCCCCAUUUGUUCUAGAUGCGUCUCUUGGUGUGAUAAGUAGAGUAGAAAAAAUUGGCGGUGCUUCUAGUCGAGGUGAAAACUCUUAUGGACUAGAGACUGUAUGCAAGGAUAUUCGAAAUUUACGGUUUGCUCAUAAACCUGAGGGGCGAACGAGACGAUCCAUAUUUGAGAAUCUAAUGAAAUAUGCAUUUCCUGUCUCUAAUAAUCUGCCUCUUUUUGCUUUUGAAUACAAAGAAAUAUUCCCUGAAAAUGGAUGGAAAGUAUAUGACCCUGUUUUAGAAUAUAGAAGGCAGGGAAUUCCAAAUGAAAGCUGGAGAAUAACAAAGAUAAAUGAACGAUAUGACCUUUGUGAUACAUACCCUGCCCUCUUGGUUGUGCCAGCAAAUAUUCCUGAUGAAGAAUUAAAGAGAGUGGCAUCCUUUAGAUCAAGGGGCCGAAUCCCAGUUUUAUCAUGGAUUCAUCCAGAAAGUCAAGCCACAAUCACUCGAUGCAGCCAGCCCAUGGUAGGAGUGAGUGGGAAGCGAAGUAAAGAAGAUGAAAAAUACCUUCAAGCCAUCAUGGACUCCAAUGCCCAGUCUCAUAAAAUCUUUAUAUUUGAUGCCCGGCCAAGUGUUAAUGCUGUUGCCAACAAGGCAAAAGGUGGAGGUUAUGAAAGUGAAGAUGCCUAUCAAAAUGCAGAACUAGUUUUUCUGGAUAUCCACAAUAUUCAUGUUAUGAGAGAAUCAUUACGAAAACUUAAGGAGAUUGUGUACCCCAACAUUGAGGAGACCCACUGGCUAUCAAACUUGGAAUCUACUCACUGGCUAGAACAUAUUAAGCUUAUUCUUGCUGGGGCUCUCAGGAUUGCGGACAAAGUAGAGUCGGGAAAGACAUCUGUGGUGGUGCAUUGCAGUGAUGGUUGGGACCGCACGGCGCAGCUGACGUCGCUCGCCAUGCUCAUGCUGGAUGGACACUAUCGAACCAUCCGAGGAUUUGAAGUCCUUGUGGAAAAAGAAUGGCUGAGCUUUGGACAUCGAUUUCAGCUUAGACUCGGCCAUGGAGACAAGAAUCACGCAGAUGCAGACAGAUCGCCGGUUUUCCUUCAGUUCAUUGACUCUGUCUGGCAAAUGACGAGACAGUUUCCUACAGCAUUUGAAUUCAAUGAAUAUUUUCUCAUUACCAUUUUGGACCACCUAUACAGCUGUUUAUUCGGAACAUUCCUUUGUAACAGUGAACAGCAGAGAGGAAAAGAGAAUCUUCCUAAAAGGACUGUCUCACUGUGGUCUUACAUAAAUAGCCAGCUGGAAGACUUCACUAAUCCUCUCUAUGGGAGCUACUCCAAUCACGUCCUUUAUCCAGUAGCCAGCAUGCGCCACCUAGAGCUCUGGGUGGGGUAUUACGUAAGGUGGAAUCCACGGAUGAAACCACAGGAGCCCAUUCACAACAGAUACAAAGAACUUCUUGCUAAACGAGCAGAGCUUCAGAAGAAAGUAGAAGAGCUGCAGAGAGAGAUUUCCAACCGGUCCACCUCCUCCUCAGAGCGGGCCGGCUCUCCCGCGCAGUGUGGCACUCCCGUCCAGACGGUCGUGUGAGAGCACGUUGGACAGGGGCCAGCGUCGCCACGGACUCCUGAUUACAAUGGCAGCUUUGAGUAGAAAGUCUUCUGAAUUCAGAAUCCAUCUGAGAGAAAUUCAGUCGCUUUAUUUAUUUUGAAUCUGAGUUUAGAACUAUAGCAGUGCAGGUGGUUUAUGUGAAAUAAUUCCAUAGGUAAUUAUAUGAUUAUAACACUAACUUAUUAGUCGCCUAAAGAAUAUUAAAAUGCUUCAAUCCUGGAUCCACAGUGGGAAUGUUUCUGAUUUUAAAAGAAAAAUGCUGUCUUAGAAAUUUUGGUGCCUGGUAAAAUCAAAAUACAAAGCAUUUCAAAAACAUACCUCUUGAAGGAAGAGAGCUUAUUGCAUCAAUUUUCAAAUCAACACUGAAAUUCCCUGGCAUUCUACAUACUUCACUCUCAUGACAGAUCACACUGAUAGUCCUUUCUGUAUCACAGACUUUUCUUUUGUGGUUAGUGAUGUGCUUAAGAGCAGCCUUUAAACACCCACAUUCUUCAUGUAUGAUAAGGCAAAAUCUUGAGGAUGUUAUGGUGUCGUAGUUGAAAAAUAUUGUUGCCAUUAUUCAUGUACUUGUUUAAGAUGUAUCAUUAGAUAGCUGUCCAAAAUGGUGCCUUAGAGAGGUGCUUGGGGGAGGUCGGAGAGGAAAAAGGAGUAGCUGUCCAGGGUUUCAAAGAAUUCCAUGUCCUUCAGAUUAAUUUCCAUUUGACCAAUGACUAGGAACAUCAUGACCAAACAUUUUAGAAACUCAUUAUCUAUCCUACCUUAGAUUUGUUGUGUGUGUGUGUGUGUGUGUGUGUGUGUGUGUGUGUGUGUGUGUAUUUGACCAACACAGAAGGUAUUUGGUAAGUUUUCGGGCAAUAUUUUAAAAAGUUUACUAGGAUUGACUUUUUUCUGAGGUCUGUAUAAAUUGCUUAUGAGAAGCACUAUGUUCAAAUCUCACAUGAAAUAUUUUACUAUUACUCUCUUGCAAAUUCUGUAAUUCCACUGAAUGAUGAAGUCUACCAAAGAGCUUACUGCAUGUAAAAAUGUACUACAGUCUCAGUGCUGGUAAGGGAGACCCCGCUUCACUGUUCACCUGCUGUGGUAAAGAGUUCGGUGCUGGCAUGAACAUUGACUCCUUGAUGUCUGUUUCACUCCAUAGAAGAGCCAUAUGUUACGCACUGUAACAAAGGAGCUUCUUGUCCCUUGGGUCUCUAAUUAAAAGAGAAUUUCAACUGACUUUUAAA